AUGGCUCAGCAGAACUCUAACACCUUUCAUUUCUUUGGUUCGUCAGUCCCCACUGCUCCGUCCACCCAAACCGGCGCGUUUCAGCAGCCGGCUCUUACCGCUUAUCAGCAGCAGCAGACUCAAACCUCUUAUCAGCAGCAACCGGCGCAAACCGCUUAUCAGCAACAGCCGGCUCAAACCGCUUAUCAGCAGCAGCCGGCCCAAACCACUUAUCAGGUCUCGCCGUCUCUUAACGCGUAUCAAGUCCAGCAGCAAGCGAUUCUAAACGCUGGGUUAAGCGGUGGUGCUACUGCUUCGACUGCAGCAGCUGUUACUGAUUACAACGCCCAGGGGGUGUUUGGUGGAAAUGAAUCCACACGCGCGGCUCAGUACCAGUCCAGGCAGGUGGAGCCUGUGCGACAGUCGCAAGCCGUGCGACAGCAAGCGACUACCGUGCGACAAACGACGGCUGGGCAACGGCAGCAGCGAGCGCACGCGGAACGGCAGUUGCAGGUGGAAGGACGAGUGCUGCCCGUGCGACAAGUGCAGCAGCCUGAACGACAAACGCAAGCGGCGCGACAUGCGACACAGGCGGAGGAACAGUCGCAGAGGCAGGCCCUGCGGCAGGGUCAGCGACAGGAGCAGCGGCAGGAGCAGCGGCAGGAGCAGCCUGUGCGACAGACGCAGCGAGAGUGGUGGCUGGAUGCGCUAGAGGGGCAAGUUGCAACAGUAGGGGCAGCAGCAGUAGGAGCUAGGGGACAAGAAGCAGCAGCAGCGUCAGAUGGGAGGGCAGGAGGAGAAGAGCUGCAGGUAGUGAGACUGCAGGAGCAGGCAGUUGCUGUUCCAGACCCUGUGCAGGCGAUAAUGGGGGGUGUUUCUGCACUUCAGAUUCCUCUUCAAGAGGUGGGUGGACAGGAGGCGGUUGGGGGCGAAGUUGGGGGGGAUGGUGAUAUGUCUGCGAUCUACGCUGCUGGGUAUGCUGCAGGACUGGCAGCCGCCCGGGCUGCUGCUGCCAGAGCAGCAGGCGCUGCCGCUGCUGGUGCUGCUGCUGGUGUUGCGGAUGGGGUUGGAGCAGAGGGGGGAGUGGCGGUGGGGGGAGAAGCAGGGGGCAUGGAGGGGGGGCUUGGUGUAGGGGGUUUCGAUCUUGAUGCCACAGGCUUUGCAGAUGGCGAGAUGGGGAUGGGUGGUGGGAUGGAGGGAGAAGAGUAUGGAGCUGAGGCGGUGCCAGCAGGAGGGGAAGGAGAGGAAGGAGGGGAAACAGGAGGAUUUGGAGGAGGGGAAGAGGAAAUGUUGCCAGCAGGAGCAGGAGGAGGAGAAGCAGGUGCGGCUGCCCCUGGGCCAGGCACAGCAGCGGCAGCCGCAGCAAUAGCAGCAGCAGAAGCAGCAGCGGCGGCGGCAGCAGCAACAGACGGGUCGGAUACCGACGUGGAUGGGGAGUUCCGGCCGGUGCGACUGAGGGACCCUGAGAGAAAACGCCGCCAUUUCAUCCCAGUGACGCUAAAGGCCGAGAUUUGUGAGCUUCGGCGCGACCGGCCGGGAAUCACACUAGUGAAGAUUGUUCAAGUGCUUAAAACGAAGUAUCCGGGGAUCAGGAUUUACUCGACUCGGGUGGCGGAUAUUAUUCAGAAGCCGCAUAAGUGGGCGGCGAUGCUGGGCGGGAAAGGGCACAACCGAACCAACCAGCCGCCGGACCAGUCUGGUAUGGAGGGAGCCUUGGCGCGGUGGUUCGGGGAGGAGCAGCAGAGGGUCGGUGGUGUGCCGAGCGAGCAGGUGAUUGAGAAGGCCAAGGAGCUGGGGUAUUCUUUCGGGUUUCCCCCAACUUUCAAGUACACAAGGGCGUGGGUGUACCGCGUGUUGUCGCACUUGGGAUUUUCCCAGGAGGCUAUAGAUGCGGCGUUCCCGGGCGAACCAGAAGGGACGGAAGCCCAGAGACUGGUGGGCGGAGAACCUGCUGGGAGGAAGUCGGGGACUGGGACAGGGAGAGGGAGGGGGAGGGGGAGAGGGGCGGGGAGGGGCGAUGGGGGGGUUUUGGGGGAAGGGGCGGAGUGGGAGCAGCAGCAGCAGCAGCAGCAGCAGCGGCAGCAGGGGGAUGUGUAUGGGCAGGUUGGGGGAGGGAUGCAUGGGCAGGAGCUAGGAGGAGGGGGAUAUGCGCAGCAAGGGGGGUAUGCACAGGGAACUGGACAGGGGUACGGGCAGGAGAUAGGGCAGGGACACGGGCAGAUGACAGGGCAGGCGAACGGGCAGGGCCAGGGGUACGGGCAGGGGACAGGGCAGGGGUAUGGGCAGGAGAGUGGUUUGGGGUAUGGGCAGGAAGGGGGGCAGGCGAGAGUGGGAGAGGGGGAUCAAGAUGAUGUUAUCCCAGGUGACUUGUUUGAGGAGCUGGAGGGAGGAGAGAUGGUGGUGGUUCGGACAGCUGACAGUGUUGCUGGUGAUGGUGGUGAUGGUGGUGGUGGUGGUGCCGGGGGUGCCGGGGGUGCUGGUCCUUCUUCCAACCAGCCUCUCGACUCGGCCGCUUUUGCAGCGAGCUCCUUGAACGAAUCAGCCCCAUUCACUGCUGCAAACAGCAUGAUCGGAGGAACCGCCAACACUGCAAACACUACAAACACUGCCAACUCGCUAGACUAUGGGGAUGACGGUGAAGACUCGGAGGGUUACCAGCCCGAUCCGAAGCUAGUAGAGCUCGCCAUGGCUGAAGCCAGAGCUGCGGCGGAGGCUCGGAGGGUGAUCACCGAGGCUGACCUCGCAAAUGCGGCGCAGAUCGAGGUUCUGCCCCGGAAUCCGAUCACGGGCAGGGUGAUUAGUAAAGAGGAGCUGCAGACUAACCCGGUAUAUACGGAAUAUUACCGGCUUCUGGAGGAGCAGAAGGAGUUUAAGGAAAAGAACAAGAAAAUCACAACGUGUGUGCGAACCAUCAAGAUGCGAAAGGCAAUCUGUCUACUCAAGGAAGCUCGUCCGUCUCUCACAAACCAAGAGAUCAUCCACAUUAUACUGGAGUCCUGCGGUCCUGUGAUUGCAGCGAGUAUUUCCCCUGCAGCCCUCCGGUAUACCCUCCGCAAGAGCUACCAGUACUUGAACGCCGACCUGAACAAGCCGAAAAAGCCUGUCCCGAGGCGGGUUGAGUUCCCGGAAUUCGAAGAGGCACUCGCGGCGUGGGUACGGGAGAUGCGGGCGAAGUAUGGGAAGGAGAAUUUGCUGUACGAGGAUAUUCUGGCAUAUGCGCAGAAGCUGGCUCCGAGUUUCGGGAUCGCGGAAAAGAAUCCCAAGUUCAAGUUCCACAUGUCGUGGAUUCUGAACUUUGCGGGGAGGCACGGGUUGAAGUGGCGAACGAAAGAGGACCUGCGUGCGAACCGCAAGGGUGGUGGUGCGACUGGGGAUGGUGGUGCUGGUGGUGGUGGUGGUGGUGGUGAUGGUGGCGGUGGUGGUGGUGGUGGUGGUGAUGGUGCUGGAAGGAGCAGUGGGAGAGGGAGAGGAGGGAAUACGUCUGGGGUAGGAGAGAGUGAUGGUACAGAGAGUGACAAUGGCGGGCGGGAGGGGUACGGUGAGGGCGGCGGGACAACGGACGGUGGCGAUGGGAUCACAACGGACGGUGGAGAGGGGAACACCACGGAUGGGGGAGGAGAAGGGACGGACGUGGAAGGGGAAGGGGAGGGGGAAGGGGUAGGGGAAGGGGGUGGGUUUCUAGGCAUGGAUGUGAAUAUGCAUCUAGGGAAUAUAGUGACAGGGCUGGUGCGAAAGCAACGGGAUGAGAAGACGGUGAGGCGGAACAAGAUUUGGAACACUGCAGCUGAUAAGCUUCUGAAGGUGGUGGCUCAGUUUGUGGCGGAAAGGGAGGCACGGGUGCGGAGAGGGGAGGAGGAGGAGGGAGAGGGGGACGAGCGGUGGGACGGGGAAAUGGGAGUUGAAGGGUUGUUAAAGAAGAGGUGGAAGAGGAAGAAGACCGGGCGGCCGAGGAGGAGGGUAGGGGUUGUAGGGGCGGGUAGUGGUGGAGCAAAGACGGCGGCGCAGGGCACUGGGAAGAAGAGAGGAAGGAAGAAGAAGCAGAGCGGGGAAGCGGAUGGGGGCGCGGGAGGAGGAGGGGAUGGAGGUGGCGGGGAGGGUGGUGGGGAGGGUGGUGGGGAAAGCGGCAGGGAAACUGGACUGGAGAGUGGAAGGGAGAGUGGGAGGGAGAGUGGGAGGGAGAGUGGGAGGGAGGGAGGGAAGAAGAAGCAGCAGCGCAAGCAGUACCAGGAGGUGCUGGUGACGUGGAAGCUUGCCCUCAUCUCCCUCGCCCGCGCCAGGCAGGACCUUCCGCACUCUGCUGUCAAACGGGCCGUUCAAGCCAGAUCCGGCGUUGAUACAAGCUGCACGGUGAUAGCAGAUUACAUGGCGCGGACAAGGUACGGCGUCGAUACAAGCCGCACGGGAGAACAAGGUACGGUGUCGAUACAAGCCGCACAGUCAAGGUGCGGACUAUAUGGCGCGGGAGGUCAAGGUGCAGUGGCAGGAGGCGGAGCAGAGGUGAAACUCGUCCCUCCCCCACUCUUCCCCCCACCUUCCCCCUCCGUUUCCAGGUAUGGCGUGGACACAAGUCGCACAGUCAUCGCGGACUACAUGGCGCGGGAGGACAAGGUGCGGUGGCAGGCAAAAGUAAUGAGAGACGCGUACAGGGAGGGGCGUGAAGUGCUGCCGAAGAUGAAGCAGUACACCAAGUUCAUGCGGCUGGAAAAGUACACCAAGUUCAUGCGGCUGGAAAAGGCAGUUUCAGACGCAAUGAAGAAGGCCCUGGCGGAUCUGGACAAAGGGGAGGCGCAGGGCAGCGGGAGAGGCGCAGCAGCUCAACCGGGCGUGCUGGGCGGAGGAGUGAGGAUGGGCUUUCAGGGCGCAGGGGAGGAAAGGGAUGAGGAGGAAGAAGAGGAGGCAGGGUUGCCGCGGCAGAUAAUGGUGCAUCCUGAGGCUGUGGUGGAUUAUGCCAACAAGGUGGCACCGCUCUUUGGCUUCCCCCCUUCCAAGAGUAUCACCUUUGCCUGGGUGGCGGGUCUCAUGCACCGGUGGGGAUUCAUGGACCACUGGGCUGUAAAGGCGUCUCCCAGGUGGAAGAAAUGGGCUCCUCUGUUUGAGGGUCAGGGGGAUAAGGAGGGUGGGGAUGGGGGAAGGAGUGGGGGAGAGGGGGGGCAGACUGGGGGGGAAGGGGGCGAAGGGGAGGGAGCAAGGGGGGAGGCAGGAGCGGGAGGAGGAGGAGGAGGAGGAGAAGGAGAAGGAGCAGGCGCGCCUGCUUCUGCUGCUGGUGGUACUGCUGCUGGCGCUGGCGCUGCCACUGCUGCUGGCGCUGCUGCUGCUGCUGCUGGCGCUGCUGCUGCUGCUGCUGGCGCUGCUGCUGCUGCUGCUGGCGCUGCUGCUGGUGCUGCUGGCGCUGCUGCUGGUGCUGCUCCUGCUUCUGCUGCCACUGGGGACGCUGCUGCUGCUGCAGCUGGUGACGCAGCAGCAGCAGCAGCAGCAGCAGCAGCAGCAGCAGCAGCAGCAGCAGGAGCAGGGGAGGCACUCGUGCCAGCAGAGCUGUCGUGGGACCUGUUCGACGAGGGCUUUAACCUAAUACCAGGGGAGAUCGAGGCGCUGGGGAAGGUAGCAGAAGAGUUGGAGCUGCAGCGGCAGCAGCGCUUUCGGGAGGUGGUGCUGGCUGGGGCGUUUAACAAGAGGAAGAAGAAGAUGAUGGAGAUGCAGGAGAGAGCGGGAGGAGCGGGAGGAGGAGCGGGAGGAGGUGGGGAAAGGGCAGGAGCAGGAGGAGGAGAGGAAGGAGGAGAGGGAGGAGGAGAGGGAGGAGGAGGGGGAGGAGGAGGGGGAGGGGAAGGUGAGGGGGUUCGAUUGGUUUGGGAGAGGGAGCGGGGCGAGGGAGGGGAGAGAGGGGAGGAAGGGGAAGGUGCAGGAGGCUUGGGAGCGAAUGAUUCUGAUGAUGAUGGGGGUGGUGAUGGUGGUGGUGGUGAUAGUGAUGAUGAUGGGGGUGGUUGUUUUGGCCUGAGUGUUGGGGCAGGGAGGGAGGGCGGGCUAGGGGAGGGAGAGAGAGCAGCAGCAGAAAGAGGGGUAGGGGGAGCAGCAGGGGGAGCGGCAGGGGCAGCUGCAGGGGGAGUGGCAGGGGGAGUGGCAGGAGGGAGUGUAGCAGCCUCGCUUCUAAACUCGCUCAACCUAGCCAACUUGCCUGGACCAAUCCCAGCGUAUCUUCAAGAUAUUGUUGCUGAGCUGGCAGGAAUCCGGGUCGGCGGAGCCUCGGACGUUCUUCCGAACCUGCAGGCAGCGUGGGGAAACCUCGACAAGGCGUCUCCCGAGCCUGUUUCAACGGGUUUUGAAGUCGGUUCGGGCACGGGUUUGGAUAAGGACAAGGGCAGGAAGAGGAAGAGGGGGGAAGGGGAGGGGGGAGAGGAGGGGAGAGGGGAGGAAGAGGAAGCAGAUGGAGGAGAGGGAGAGGCGGGAGGGAGGGAGGAGAGGGAUGCAGCAGUUGCAGCUGUUAUGGCAGCCGGGAAGAUCAAAACGCCUGAGGAGUUUUGGCGGUGGUGGCAGUUUUCAGGGCUUGUAGGGGUGAGAGGCAUGCGGGACGCGUGGAGUGUGCUGGAAGAUGCUUCUGUGGUUGCUGUAGAGGAGGAGGAAGAGGAGGAAGAAGAGGAAGAGGAGGUGGAGAUGGAGGAGGUGGAGGAAGGGUAUGAGGAGGAGGAAGAGGAGGUAGAGGGGGAUGAGGAGGAUGAGGUGGUGGAGGUGGAGGAGGAGGAGGAGGAGGAGGAGGAUGCAGAGGUUGAAGAGUGGGGGGGUGGUGGAGGGAGGGGAGGGAAAGCGAGGGGAGGAGGGACAACAGGGGGCGAGACGGAGACAGGUGGGGAAACGGAGGGAGAAGCAGCAGAGUGGGGCGAUCAUACAAAAGAGGAGGCGAGGGAGAGGAGGAGGCAGCAAAGGAAGGAGAGGAAGGAAAGGAAGAAGAGGAAGAGGGAGAAGAAGAAGGAGAAAGAGAAGAAAAGGAAGAGGGAGAAGGGGAAGGAGAGGGAGAAGAGGGGAAAGAAGAAGGGAAAGGAGAAGAUGGGUGUAAGGGGGGAUGCGCUUGCAGCGUUCACCAGUAUGCUGCAGCAGACGACUUUUGAGGCGCCUCAAAAGGCGUUCACCAUGCCACCCACCACUGGUGCCCCUCUGCCUGACCCUGGUUCUUCCAACGAUCCUUUCAGCAGCACCGCUCUCUUUUCCCACCCUACCGCUCCGCACGCCACUGGUACCCCCAAACAAACAGCAGCGAAUCAAGCAGCAGCACUCUCUCCAGGAGCAGGAGAAAGAGAUGCUGCAGCUCUCCUUACCCACCUUCUCACAACCCAACUCGCAGCCUCCUCGGGCCCCAAUUCAGAAUUGCUGUCCCUCGCAUGCAACGUCACCCAGUCCUUUGGUCCCGAUUUCGCACUCGCUCUGGGGUCACUGUUGGUGCAGCAUCAUCAGCAGCAGCAGCAGCAGCAGCAGCAGCAGCAACCGCAGCAGCAACAAACACAGCAGCAACCGCGCCCUACCGCUGCUGCCUCUUUUCUCCCUAACCUCUUGCAGCAGAUCGCCUCGUUAACCUCACAGGCGACUGCUCAUUCCCCUCAGCUGCAAAAUCCCACUGCUGCUGCUGCUGCUGCUGCUGCGCUUCUACCAGCCCUGCUGCAGCAGAUUGCUUCGGGGGCUAAUCAUUCCCAGCAGCAGCCAAUGCAGCUCCCGCGCUCCACUGCUGCUGCGGCAGGUGGCCGUGCUGCUGCUGGUGCGUCUAUGCCCACAAACUUAUGGGAGCAGAUUUCGGCUAUGGCAGCUUCCCAGCUGCCACUGCAGCGCACUGGUGGCACUGCUGCUGGUAAUUCUGCUGCUGCUGCUGCUGCUGCUGCUGGUAAUUCUGCUGCAGGUGCUGGUGCUGCAGCCCUGCCGGGCCAACUGCAGCAGCUGAUUGCCUCGCUCGCCACCCAGCCUACUCACUCCACGCGCGUGCAGCCUCCCCGCCCCUCUGCUGUUGCUCCUGCUUCUGCUCCUCUUGCUGCCACUGCUCGCCUCAUUGCCGCAACUGCCACUGGUGCUCCUUCAGCCGCCCGCCCUUCACUUGCGCGGAUUCCUGCUGCAGGGGGGUCUCAUCACCCUUCCUAUGCACCUUCUCCUCUCCUCUGCACCUCCACACCUCUCCCCACCUCACCUCCCUCCUCACCUCCCCAUUCCUCUGCACCUCCCCGCUCCUCUGCACCUCCGCUCCCCUCCCGCAACUCCCUCCUAAGCUUCCUGCACGGGCCUAGAGGCCCUCUCUCAAACUUCUCUUCCAGAAACUCUUUUGCUGCUGGUGCUGGUACCGCUGCCACUGCCAAUGCUGCCAGUCCUGCCACUCCUGCUGCUGCUACUCCGCAUCGUCCCCCACCUUUGCCUUCCGUGCACCUGCUGCUGCACCCACCACUUCACCCACAGCUGCGCCCACUGCUGCGCCCACCGCUGCACCCACCGCUGCUCCUGCUCUUGUGA